AUGGUUAUCCCAACCAGCCGGGUCAAGUCGAAGCGGUUCAUUACCAAAGUCAUGUUUUUGGCGGCGGUGGCUAGACCCCGCUACGACUUUCACAACAAGGCGAUGUUCGACGGCAAGACCGGUGAUGGAGAAGACACUGAAAGUAUGGGUACAAACGAUUACAAGCUCCCACAUUUGAGUAAGGAUGCUUCCAUAAAGGACUUGACUCUCUUCAAUGUCAAGUGUGAUCAACUUAUCUACGACCGUGCUGUCGAUCACUUGAGCGGACGUUGA